UGAGGAGCUAUACACAGCAUUCUGAGGACACAGAGUCGUGAGGAGCCAUACACAGCACUCUGAGGACACAGUGUCGUGAGGAGCCAUACACAGCAUUCUGAGGACACAGUGUCGUGAGGAGCCAUACACAGCAAUCUGAGGACACAGUGUCGUGAGGAGCUAUACACAGCACUCUGAGGACCCAUACACAAGGCUUGAAGGGAACAUUGAAGCAUUGAAGACCACUCAUAGAGGAUCUAAUUGUUGACUGCGCUGACCACAUACAGAUCAUUGUUUCUAGUGCAUCUCAUUGACUGUCUGUUGACCAUCCAGAUAGGACCAUACCUAGUGAUUGCUGCAUAGAGGACAGCAAUCAACACAAACCGUACUGACUGGACUAUAGAGGAUCCUGACUAGAGAACCACCAUACAGAGAGGUCUGGGAUCAGAUUUGGACCACACAUUGAAGAGCACAUACAGCAUUGUGAGAACCCAGAGAAGAGCAGAGGAACUCUAGAGGAACAUCCUCAGGGAACCAUCCAGGACGGUAGACAGAGAAGCAUCCACAGUGUGUCUGUCCUCAGGAGGAGCCUGGAGUCAUGCAUACCAUCCACGGGCUGUGUAGGAUCUGCAUCACUUCUAGACUGCCUCAGGUGACCAUCCUUCGAGGAAAGGACGGCUAUGGCUUCACCAUCUGCUCUGACUCCCCAGUGAGGGUUCAGGCUGUCGAUUCAGGUGGUCCGGCGGAUCAGGCAGGUCUGCAGCAGCUGGACACUGUGCUGCAGCUCAACGGUCAGCCUGUAGAACAGUGGAAAUGUGUGGAGGUCGCCCACGCCAUCAGAAACAGCUCCAAUGAGAUCAAGGUGGUGGUAUGGCGCACUGGGCCGGCCGCCAAGCCCAGUUUCGAGGGCCUCAUCCACCGGCCCUCCUACAAGCCCUCCUCCUCCAGCUAUGAUGCCCCCUCGCCCCCCACCAGGCGGCGGGACAGGUCCAAGGACCGGCUAGACCGGGACAUGUCCCCCCCGGCCGUGCCCCCCCUCCCUGCCCACCACAGGACCAGCCGCCGGGUGCUGGUCAACGGCUCUGAGGGGGCUGGCGGGGGAGGGUUAGGAUGGGUAGGGGUUGGGGGGGCGUGGGGGGAGAGGGGGCGCGUAGGAAGGGGGGCAGAGGAGGUGGAUGGUAAAGCCAGGACCCAGACCCAUAGCCAGAGCCACACAGCCACGCUGAAGGGGACUAGAGUGAAGGCGUCCAACGGGGAUAACUACAUCAUCCUGGCCCCCAUCAACCCAGGAAGCCAGGUACUGAGGCCUAUCUACCAGGACAAUCAUGGUACCUUGGCAGGGAGGAUGUACCCGCGCCAGGCCAGCGUGCCCCAGACUCAAGGGGGUGGCGGUGCUCCACCUGGGGGUGUAGGUCUAGCAGGCCGGACCACCUUCCUACGACGCUCCACUAARGCCAAGARYUCUAAYCCAUCCGAWGCCKACCUCUCUGGCCAACCCCCACCCAGCUACCAGCAGGCCCAGAGCUCCUCCAACUUUGCUAACUACCAGAACUGUACUAUAGUACGCUCCCAUGUACCACACGGCAACCCGCACGGCAACUACGGCUACGUCAAAGCAGCACCCAAGAUCCUCAUCUUCCCCAUCUUUGUUCAGCCUCUGGACCUGUGUAACCCCACACGGACUCUGGUGGUCUCUGAGGAGAUGAUCCUCCACGAGAGCAAGCACCUCUCCAUUAAGGUGACAGUGUUCAUCUAUACAGACCUGAUGCUUGUGACCAGAGAGGAUGAACCAGGGAGGUGUAACGUCCUACAGAACCCUCUAUUUCUCAGACAACUACGGCUACAGGACGGUCAGUGUUUCAACCCUUACACACAAACCUUAGACCUGGCCCUGAUGCUAUUGGACAUGAUCCCAACUCCUUUAACCCCUUUAUUACCCUGUUCAGCUUCGACGGCCAAUGUAUCAACCCCAUAGGCCUAACCUUGUUGACCUGACCCCUUUGU